AUGGCGGACACACUGCACAAUGCUCCUAUCGUUUUAGAUAAUGGUUCCGGUACGAUUCGAGCUGGGUUUGCUGGUGACGAUCUGCCAAAAUGCUACUUUCCCUCAUUCGUUGGGAGGCCAAAACAUUUGCGAGUCCUGGCGGGUGCUUUGGAAGGAGAUGUGUUUAUUGGAUCACGAGCGCAAGAAUUAAGAGGACUGCUGAAGAUUAAAUAUCCACUGGAACAUGGCAUAGUCACAGAUUGGGAUGAUAUGGAAAGGAUAUGGGAAUAUGUUUAUGGAGAAGGUCUCAAGACCUUGAGCGAAGAGCAUCCCGUUUUAUUAACAGAACCACCUCUCAACCCCCGAAGUAAUCGAGAUACGGCUGCCCAAAUACUUUUUGAAACCUUCAACGUCCCUGCUCUAUACACUUCAAUUCAAGCUGUCCUUUCACUGUACGCAUCGGGGCGAACGACUGGAAUAGUGCUCGAUGCCGGAGAUGGAGUCUCACAUGCAGUCCCAGUAUACGAAGGUUUCGCCAUGCCAAGCUCAAUACGAAGGAUAGAUGUGGCUGGACGAGAUGUUACAGAAUAUAUGCAAACUUUAUUACGGAAAGCUGGUUACGUUUUUCAUACUAGCGCAGAGAAGGAGGUUGUGAGAAUGAUCAAGGAAAAAGUAAGCUAUGUUGCAGGAGAUCCAAAGCGUGAAGAAAAGGAAUGGUCUGGUGCAAAGCUGGGAGAUGGGAAAGUUGUUGAAUAUGCAUUACCUGAUGGUAACAAGAUUAAAAUUGGAGCAGAAAGAUUUAGAGCACCUGAGAUUCUGUUUGAUCCCGAGAUUAUUGGUUUGGAAUACCCAGGUAUCCAUCAAAUUGUGGUGGAUGCAAUCAAUCGCACAGACUUGGACCUCAGAAAGUCUCUAUUUGGAAACAUUGUUUUGUCCGGUGGUAGCACCUUGACUAAGGGUUUUGGAGACAGGUUACUUCACGAAGUACAACGAUUAGCAGUUAAGGAUAUGAGAAUUAAGAUCUUCGCUCCACCAGAGAGAAAAUACUCAACCUGGAUUGGUGGUAGUAUCUUGGCUGGUCUGAGCACAUUCAGAAAGAUGUGGGUAAGCAUUGAUGACUGGCAUGAGAAUCCCGAUAUCAUUCAUACGAAAUUUACAUAA